AUGAAGUUCGGGGAGCAUCUCGAGCGAGAAUCCGUUCCAGAAUGGAAUCUUCACAACCUGGACUACAACUCCAUCAAACAUGAGAUCAAGAUGCACACAACGCGCGACCAGGCCACAGCCAUGGCUAUCCCAGGACAAAAAGACGAAGCCUUAAGUCGGUUCGAAGACGGCUUGUAUAUGGAACUUGGUCGUCAGCAUGAGAGAUUACAACUAUUUGUCUCAAGCAAAGCAGACGAGAUAUCCCGCCGAUUAGAGUACCUUGCCAAGAACAUUAAUCGAUGGGCCUCAAAGAACCGAGAUGGGCUCGCUGAUGAUUCAGCAAUAAAACACCAAAGGAGGUUUACUAAAUACGAGCGCGAGCUCGUUCGCUGUGGUAGUGACAUUCACGCCCUCGAACGCUUUGUCAAUGCCCAGGCCGUUGCUUUCCGAAAGAUUACCAAAAAAUACAAGAAAUGGACUGGCUCUACGACCCUCGCAACUCGUUUGUACGAAAACAUCCUCUCCGAUCCUAAAAGCUUCACUCGUCGCGACUUUUCCUCCCUGCAACAGCGAUAUGACGACAUCACAUGCACUCUCAACGCCGCCGCUCCCGUGUUGAGUGAACCUAGCUCUCCAGAAUCAGCAGCGCACUCUUAUCGUCGUCAAUCCCUCUCGGGUUCUAUUAACUCUGCGCACCGUCACUGCGCCAAUCGUUCUCAACCUACCUUCGAUUUCUUGCCCCCAGCACAGAUAGAAGAACCUGUCAAGUACUGGAAUGAAUACGACAAUGGAAGCGAGUGCGCAGACGAUGACGGUGCAUAUGCUAUAUACAUCAACCCUGGAGAAAACACCAACUUCCCCGGAUUUGACUAUCUGCAUGGCAUCUUCACAGCACCUCUGAACAAAGCAAAGUGUUGGCUUACGCACAGUAAACCUGGAGAGCGGCAGAGUCUUCUUGGCGCAAACCAUUCGUCUUAUCAAUAUUCUAGCACAGUAUUUAAUAGCAGCGAAUCUGAUGAGGAAGCGGGAUACGCCAGUUCAGACGGUUUCCCCACAAGCGGAUACGCAACCCACUACGCUCUUCCCAGUCUCAGUCAGCAACAGGCGCACUUGUAUCGUGAAAAGACGCUGUUUUGGGGUACUGUCGGCUCCUUCGCCGUGUCGUUCCUGCUCAUACUUGUUGCCGGCACCCUCAUCUCCACCGGUCGGCAUAAACUCCGUGCCGAAGUCGAUGCAGGCGUUACUGUUGGUGUUGUCGCAAGUUUGUUUACCUCGUGUAGUGCCCUCGGUAUGACACUUUACCGGCACGACCAACUAUCCUUGCCACACCUCAUGGCAGUAUGGACUACCUUCAUCGCUUCUUGUAUCCUAAAUGGCAUGUUACUAAUCCUAGUUGUCGGAAACUCCCCGUGA